AUGGGCUUUAAAGAUCUGACCCCACAUGCAGGGAACCACUCAGAAACAAAGGAGGUGGACCUGGAGAACAACAACCUCCAAGAUUCAGGGGAGAAGCUGCUGGAUUACCUGAAGAAAUACUCUGCUUCAGAGGAGGCUCUUCUCCCACUGCUGCCAGUGGUCAAAGCUUCAAACAAAGUUCUACUGAAUGACUGUAACCUCUCAGAGAGAAGCUGUGAAGUUCUGGCCUCAGUUCUCAGCUCCCAGUCCUCUAAUCUGCGAGAGAUGGAUCUGAGUAACAACAAGCUGCAUGAUUCUGGAGUGGAGCUGCUGUCUUCUGGACUGAAGAGUCCAAACUGCAAACUGGAAACUCUCAGACUUAGAUCCUGUAACCUCUCAGAGAGAACUUGUCAAGUUCUGUUAUCAGUUCUUAGCUCUGAGUCCUGCUGUCUGAGAGAAGUUGACCUGGAGAACAACAACCUUCAAGAUUCAGGGGAGAAGCUGCAGGAUUACCUGAAGAAAGUUCUGUCAUGUGAUCUGGACUGGGCUGAAGGCAGAACCAACCAGAACAUCCAGUUCAUAUUUCCUUUCACCUUCAGAGAGCUGAAUUUGCAGAAAGGGAAGAAGUUCAGUUUGAUGGAACUUGUUCAUCACUUCUUUACUGAAACCAAAGAAAUAUGCAGCUUUGAACACUUCCAGGUUCUGUUCAUCUUAGAUGGUCUGGAUGAGAGCCAGCUUUCUUUGGACUUCCACCACAAUAAGAUCCUGACUGAUGUUACAGAGUCCACCUCAGUGGAUGUUCUGCUGACAAACCUCAUCAGGGGAAAACUGCUUUCCUCUGCUCUCCUCUGGAUAACCACACGACCUGCAGCAGCCAAUCAGAUCCCUCCUGAGUGUGUUAGCAGGGUAACGGAGGUCAGAGGGUUCACCAACCCACAGAAGGAGGAGUACUUCAGGAAGAGGUUCAGAGAUGAAGAGAAGGCCAGCAGAACCAUCUCCCACAUUAAAAGAUUAAAAAGUCUCUUCAUUAUGUGUCACAUUCCCGUCUUCUGUUGAAUCACUGCUGAUGUUCUGGAGGGUUUCUUGGAGACCAGAGAUGGAGGAGAGCUGCCAAAGACCUUGACUAGGAUGUACAUCCUCUUCCUGAAUUUUCAGGUCGAACAGAAAAUGAUCAAAUACGAUGUAACACAGAAGACAGAGUCCCCAUGGACUCCAGAGAACAUCAAGAUGGUUCAGUCUCUGGGGAAACUGGCCUUUGAAGGGCUGCUGGACGGAAACCUGAUUUUCUAUAAACCAGACCUGGAAAAGUGUGGCAUCAUCAUCAAAGAUGCUUCAUGGUUCUCAGGGGUGUUCACUGAUAUCUUUAAAGAGGAGAAAAAGAUGGACAACACCUCAGUCUACUGCUUUGUUCAUCUGAGCUUCCAGGAGUUUUUGGCUGCACUCUACUUGCUCCACUGCUUCACCAGCAGGAACACAGAGGUGGUGGAGAACUUCCUGGGAGAAAAAUACACAGAAACAUCUCUGGAGGACUUUAUGAAGAAAGUCAUGGAGAAAUCCCUCAGGAAUAAAAAUGGCCACCUGGACCUGUUGGUUCGCUUCCUUCAUGGCCUCUCUGUGGAGUCCAACCACAGCCUCUUAGGAGGCCUGCUGGGUCAGAUCGAGAACAGUCCAGAAACCAUCCAGAGAGUCAUCAGCAAUCUGAAGAAGAUUAACAAUGGUAGAUUCUCUAUUGUCAAAACCAUCAACAUCUUCCACUGUCAUCAGGAAAUGGGGGACCUUUUAGAUUAUCGGAAGAUCAAGGACUUCCUGAAAUCAGAGAAGUAUGUCCCAGAGAUCCUGUGCUCAGCUCUGGCCAACAUACUGCAGAUGUCAUGGGAGGUCGUGGAUGAGUUAGACCUGGAGAAGUACAACACAACAGAGAAUGGACGUUGGAGACUGUUUCCAGCUUUGAGUAACUGCAAAAAGGCUCGGUGAGUCCAGAUGU